ACCCACCUACAUAAGAGAGACUGAUGCAGUAAGCGACUCUGUAAAUGUAUAUUUGACAUCUUGCCUAUUAAUGUAUAUGCAAACGGUUUCCUUUAAGAAUUUAAAGGUAUGAAAAAUUGACCCUGUUAAUCAAGCAAAUAGCUGGCCAUACAAGGACUUCAAGAACAUGGAAAUAACUGAUCUUCAGAAAUCAUAGCAGCGACGCGAUCUCUUCCCAAAUUUCUGAAGCGUUGCGAGUCACCACUCCGCGAUCGGUUUUGACGUUUCACUCAGAAGAGACGGCGUAGAUACAACUUAAAAAUUCUCUCCACAAGGCCAACAUGGGAUCAGGUGCAUCAAAAGAGAAGAAAAAUGCAAGCCAGGGUAAAGGUGCAUCUACCGCAACAAGCGCUCAGGGUGGAAACGGAAAAGCCCCUGUAAAUACCAACCGAACAUCACUACAGUGCGCCGACCCACUAGCAGAUGGUAGAGCAAUGGUGGCCGUGCUGAAAAUACAGUCUAUAUGGCGUGGGUACAGGUCCAGAGAAAGAUCGAACGAGGCAUCCAAAGCUGCCACGAAAAUUCAAAGAAUGUAUAGAAGGAGACUUUCCAAUCAACAGCUGAGUGAAACAUUAGAAAAGAGACACGAAAAAAGAGAAAAUCGCAGCAGGCAAUGGAAAGAAGAAGGAAAAUUAAAACGUGUCGACUGGAGCGAAGAAAUAAAAAUAGGUGAACAAACCGAAGAAGAACUAAAUUCAUUUCAAGAUGAUAUCAUAGAUGUGAAAUGGUUCGCAGAGCAGACUUUAGAGGCAAAUUCCAUUGGUUACAGCGUAGAAAAAGAAAAGGAACUGAAAAAAUGCGGAAAACUGAAGAGAGAAGAUCGCUCGCAGCUUAUUUCACGGACGAUAAGACCGAGGAUUUUGUUAGUGUCUUCCAAUGUUCAAAAAGCUGAACAGUUGAUCAAGCAUGUGGUGAAAAAGGAAAGCCACAUCAUUACUAUAGCCUAUGAUUUUGAAAAGACAUCAUUUCCGAAACUAGCAGAAAAGAUCGAAAAACGACUAAAUGAAUAUAAACAAGGAAGCAAAGCUGAGUCUGUUGCAUUUUACUGCCAGGGAGGUCCCGGCCACGCCUAUAUACUAAAGAAAAGGGUGCUCACUCCAGCUAAGUUGCAUAAGCCGGGAGAAGAGGACAUGGAAAAGUUUUUCUCCUCGAUCGGCCCUUUGAUGACUAAAUGCCCGGCAGAGGACGCUGUGGUGUACUUCAUGGGUUUUUGGCUCCAUGGAAAUAAACAAGGAGAAAAGUUAUGUAAGUCUUUAACGGAGCUCAUGAAGCCGAAUAUGGUGAGAUUUGAAGCUCCGUUGGAGAUGUCAAGGGAAGGUGCGGAGAUGCUUUCGGCGUAUUUCCAUGUGGACCGUUACAAGCUUUGGAAAUCUCAGCAGCACCUAAGUAUGGAGAUAGACUGGAGAAAAGUGGAGCCGGAUGUUAAUAUACAGAAUGGGUCGUUGAAAUGACAGUUUAGGGAAACAUAAGUAGAAGCGAUUGUGACUCUCAUAUACAAAAUAUGUGCAAACGAGUUUAUUGCAGCUGAUGGGCCAGAGUCAUCUGGUGAUUGUGUACAUUGGCAGUGUAUUGGAUAUGAGGUAUUAAUCCCACCGCGUACAUAGUUAUCGGUUGUGUCUAAAACUAUAGAGUCCGGAUAUAUGUCAACACUAAUUGUUACGUAAAUUAUUUUUAUCAAAAAAUUUUACUGCACUAAUCUUUGUUCAGUUAUAUACCCCUGUGUCAUUUUAUGUGAUUUUUCUGUAGUGCCAGGGUUUAUAAACAACUGUCAGCUACCCGUAUAAAACAAUCAGUCAGUUGACCAAGUUUCGUUCAACCCUUUACCAUAAUCUCUGUGCCUUGGUAUUCUGUUAUGAUGUUCUUUGAAUGGUUCAAACGUGUGUACCCUACACGCAUGCAACCCUGUUAAAACCACUGCAUUCUAUGUGAUUCUUUGGUAAAAAUAUACAUGUUUUGAAAACAUAUGCGGUGUAGCUAUGUGAAUAAACUACUUGUUAUGUACAUGUACCCACAGUUACUGUA